GGAUGCUUUUUAGUCACUGCUCCAGUCCGACUCCUAUGAUUCAUUUAAAUUCUCUGAAUUCCAUGGAAGUUGCUACCUAUAUCUAAACAACAUUCAACAUUGCAUUGACGUCGUAUCUGUGAACAGUACAUGAUAGUAGAUGAACUUUUCUACAUUAUCGGCUGUACAUUUCUUAUCAAGAAUUCAUUCAUUUGGAGUGAUGUAACUGUAUAAGCUGUAUGGUUUGGUUAAAAUGAUGACUGUUCAGAGUGGUGAAGCAGAAGCAUUUUCAAAGCAAAAUGGCAAGUUUGGUGGAAAAGUUAAUGGGGACCUCAGGUGGUUAAAAAGUGAUGAGAAACUUGGCUCAUCGAAGACUUCAUUGCAUUCAAAUGGGUCAACUGAAAAGUUCCAUAUCAAUGGAUUUACAUCAACAGAAUCCAUCACUGAGGUUGAGGUCAAAACUAUUGUUAUAAAACUACUAUCAAAUGACAAAAGAUUUGGUUUCUCUGUGGUUGGUGGCUCUGACAUUGGUUUUCCUGCCAGGAUUGAUGACAUAUCAGAAGGCUCACCUGCAGCAAGAAGUCCAUUGCAAACCAACGAUGAGAUUAUGGAAGUAAAUGGAAUCCCAGUGACCGACGCCACACACACAGAUGUCAUCAUGGAGAUUCACAAGUCGUUCCAGAAAAAGUUGAUCACCCUGAAAAUUAGAAGGUACCUGGAUGCAGACACAUUAGAUAAUAUUAACGAUUAUGAUGAUGGUGGUUUUGAAAGAGGGACACUAGAAAUACACAACGGAGGGUAUAUACAUGAAAGGGGCGUGGACGUCGAAGAAGAUCCUCGCUAUGCAAAGAGAAAUAUCCCCAAACCGUUACCAAUGUCAACUGGAAUAGCAGUGACAUCCUCAUUUGUCAAUCCUGCAUUCGACAAGGAUGAUAUUGAUGAUGAAGAUUUAGAGAGCUCAAUGGCAAAACCCACAGCAACAAGGCCUGGAACGCUUCCAUUCCCGUCAUUCAUAGUAUUAGUGGAACAUUUGAAGAACAAAAUGCUGAAAACCGUGGAACAAGAUGACGUCAAUUUUACUAGAAAUUUGUUUGUCAGCGACGAGUUCCAGUCUGCUAUUAGGGCCCAUAACAUCAUGACGCGAAUUCAGGACCGCCAUAAACAUGAUCACAGCUUCAAACCAAAAGCUACGAAUUCACAGUUUCUAUUAUCAGAGGUCCGACAUUCGCUGCUUGCAAAAAGUGAUGACCCAGAGGCAAAUGAGCUACUUGAACUCAUGAAUAAGCACACCAUGCAAAGUUUUCUUCUGGCCCACGAUCGCUUGGCUCUUCGUGAAUCGUUAAACACCUUCUCUGAUGGCGAAGACAGUGACGAUAACAGCUUAACAAACUCAGUCAAUGAUUACUCUGAUUUUGAAGAAGAAACAGUGAAAAUCGUUCAGAUAGAUAAAACAAACGACCCACUUGGAGCCACGGUGAAAAAGGAAGGCGAUGCUGUUUUGAUUGGCAGAAUAGUAAAAGGAGGGGCUGCCGAAAAAAGUGGCUUGUUUCACGAAGGAGAUGAAAUCUUAGAAAUCAAUGGGAUACCGGUGAAGGGAAAAUCUGUAAAUGAAGUUGUAGAGAUUUUGAGAGAAAUCGAGGGCACUCUCACAUUCUUGCUUGUUCCUGGAGAUUCGAAGAAAAAGUCGAAAACCAGGGAAAAGAACGCUUUCUUUCGUGCGCAGUUCGAUUAUGACCCACAAGAUGACAAUUAUAUACCUUGCCGCGAAAUUGGCCUUCCUUUUAGAAAAGGGGAGAUCCUGGAGAUUCUAAAUCAAGAAGAUCCAAACUGGUGGCAGGCGAGAAAAGUCAACGUUGAAGCAAAUGGAUUAGCAGGGCUGAUACCAAGCAAAACUUUCCAGCAACAACGAGAAGCCACAAAAGUGACAGUACGGGAAGUGAAAGAGCCUGAAACUGCCAAACAAAAAAAGAAAUGCUUUUGUCUUCCUGGAAAGAAGAAGAAAACAAAGACAACUGAAAGCGCACCUGCAGAUGAUUUCUCACUCGAUGAAAUUCUUGCUUACGAAGAAAUGGUAGAGGUGCAGCCAGAUCAAAAGAGGAAAAGACCGAUUGUUCUUAUUGGCCCACCCAAGGUCGGAAGAAAGCAGUUGCGUCAGAAGCUGAUAAACUCAGAACCAGGAAGAUUUGCACCAGCGAUCACACAUACGACUCAAGAACCCAAACACGGACAGGUCAAUGGUAGAGAUCAUUACUUUGUGUCGCAAAACGAUUUUCAGAAUUUAGUUAAAGAGCACAAAUUCGUUGAGUAUGGCCCGUUUGAUGAUAACUAUUUUGGGACAAGUACAGAUGCGAUAAGAGAUGUUGUCAAUAAUGGCCAAGUCUGUGUUCUCAAUUUACAUUGUCAGGCACUUCCUGUCUUAAAGAACUGUGCAGAUCUCAAACCCUAUGUAGUGUUUAUUACUCUUCCGUCCUUUGAACAACUGAGAAGGCUACGAGGCACGGGAGGAGAGCCGUUCAACCCAGAUGUUCGUGUCAAGGAUGAUGAACUGAUAGACCUGAUUGAAAGAGCGCGGGAAAUGGACAUCAACUAUGGUCAUUAUUUUGACUAUCAAAUCGUGAAUCAAAACCUGGACAAGGCCUAUGAUGAAGUUCUACAACUGGCUAACUUCAUCGAAACGCAGCCACAGUGGAUGCCUAUCGCUUGGACCAACUGAAUCGAUCUAAAGGCUUGACGCCUAUGUUUAUGUGUUCGCCAGAGCCAUAGUAUUACAUAUCGCUGCUUCUAGAAGAGAUAUAGUUAAUUGGUCCUAGAAGUUCAGGGUGUCACUCACUUUCUUAUCAUCUCUAAGAAAGUGGAUAAACUCCUCGAAUUCAGUGCUUUUUCAAAGUAGUCGCCGAAACCUCCCACAAGUAUAGCUUCAUUUUGUAUGCAUAUUGCUGCGACAUGUAACCAUAUUCCAGGCACAGCGUGCAAUGAUGUUAAUAUUUACAGAAAUGUCGUGGCACAGAUUUCGUACAAUAGUAUACUCGAUUGUAUCCCCGUAAAGAGAACCAACGAAUAUAAAUCUGGCUUGUUAAUGGAAUAUGAUUCUAUAACUUGGCAGUCAACUGCUCUUUGGUACCAGGUAUUUCAUGCAGUUUUGUUCCUGGAUGCAGCUCAGUUCCUAUUCGUACUAAAUUCAGUUUGAAACUAUUGUUAGAAGGCCAGGAUUUCUCUCCGUUGGUUCUCUAUAAACAAUAGGGCAGUGUAGCAUAGGUAUUGCUGCUUGGAAAACAAGUGGAUCCAGUACAGGUCUUUUUUAUUCUUUCUUUCAACUGUAAAAUUAGUUUUUAUGAGUGAUUGACAGGAAGGUAUCUUUGUGAUCUGUCGUAAAAUAAAGUCUUUUAUAGUCUUGAAAGAAAAUAAUAAGCAUAAUGUUUAAAAACACUGUGUUAGAGCCGCGAUGCUAGUACGGGAAUGUAUUUUGAGCACUACCGUUUUCUCUUUCAAUGUAUAGUGGUAAUUGCACCUUUCUUGCUUGUAGCGAAUUGUCUUUCUUGUAUAGCUUUAAAUCUUAAAAUUUACUGGAUGAGUACUUCGAGUUCUUUUGUUUAUUUGGGGCUUACAUGUAUCAAAACAAGAACAGGAUGGAACAAGGUGUGCGUGUCUGAUUUAAAUGUUGUAUAUACGUUGUAUAUUUCGGUCCUUCGCUGUUCUAUAUUCGAUCUCAAUUACAGCAGUCUCCUCUUAAUAUUCCUUUAUUAAUUAGUAGGUCCUUAUUUUGCCUGUGCUCUAAUUCUUGCCUUUGCAUUUGAACUUGAAAACGGUAAUUUUAUGAAUAGAUGCAGUUGUGAAAUAUAAUUCUGCCCUUGUGAAUGCCAUACCCAUUCAUAAUUACAUAACACCGUACCCGCCCAUUAUGACGUAUGUUGUUCAAUUUUAAGGGUCAAAUCACUUAUCAACGGUUCAGCAAAGACUCGCAGAAUGGUUGUGUAAGGUAUUGCCAUUAGAGUAUACUUGCGUAUUGCCAACCAUUCUUUUACUUUAAGCAAAUAUUAUCUGUGAGUAGGAUAACCGGAGAAGCUAAUUAUUGUUUUCAGUAGUGUUACCACGUGGACCAUAAUAAAUGCAGCUUGUUGAACGUACGGUAUCUACCUGUUUUCUGCAUCACUGCAUUACAAGACGGAGAGAGUGCACUGCAUUACAACUUAAAGAGAUUUUGAAUCUUUAACGUGUUAGGGAAUUCCUUCACAGCUUUCGUUAUGCUAAUCGCUGAUAUUCAGUAGCAUUAUGCAGAAAUUCGAAGCAUUCUAUUUUUGUAACACUUAACAAAUGAUUUUAAGGGAGAAUAUAUUAAGUUCAAUUUAUUAACGAUGUAUUAAUGUUUAUCUGAUGAUUCACCAUUGUUUUAGUAACUGUCAUUCAUUUUUCAACGUUAAAAUUUUCUUUGCAUAGCGAUAUUUCUAGUAUUACAAAUUAGCUGGCCAUCUACUGAACCUGUAAAGCAUUCUUCGUACCCCUGUGACAACCUCCCUGGCAGAACACCGCCAGCCCUAUGCAGAAUUUCUUCGUAUCCCUAUCACCUGCAUCAUUCCUACUCUGUUUUUACAGGAUUUUUUUUAAAACCCUCCGCUUUUUAUUAAAAUCCUUUGUUUCCUCGGUUAAAUUCCUUGAAUUGAAAAUUCGAACUCAAGAUGUUUUUGUAAUCACUUUCGACAAUACUUUAGUUUCAUAAGAGUUCGACCCCCUUUUAAACUUUCCUCCAACUACCCAGUUUAUUAGUUUAUGGAAUUUGCAAUGACCUACUCCCCUUCUCGUUAUUCCUGACUUCAGAGUAGGACAUAUUUAAAUCAUAUUGUCCUCAGUUUAUUAUUAACGAAAACAAAACAGGUUUCAAGUUUGCUUUUGGUAUGGCAAUUCAUGUGUUCACUGCAGCCCAUAUUCAAAUUGUAUCCUUACUACCGCGUUUAGGUUCCAGCUGUAGGUAUUUAAGUAUGAUUGUUUGGCAUCAUUUCUAUUCAGGUAAUAAUAUUAAGUAUACUUUAUAAGAAUUUUCAUGAUGUAAAAUAACGAUUUGAGUCAUGUUCGUACCAUUUUUAGAAUUAUCUUGUGCAAUUUUAUAUACACAAAUUACAAAUUA